UUUUUAUUUUUGAGUGGAAGUCGGUUAAAGCUUAAGAUUGUUGAGGGUAGGGGAUGGAAUCGGAUGGUAUAUGAAUGUAUUGCAGGGGUAGGGGGUAGGAAGGGUUUUGAAUCCUUUCAUUUUUCCAAAAUCAUUUUAAAAAUUUUCCAAUAUUUGAAUUAUUCAUUAUUUAAUAAAAAUGGUGCUCCUGAUUGAUGAAAUUGCUAAAAUUUUAAAAUGCAGUGUUACUUCACUGCGCUAUCAACUUAUUCACCCUUCAAAUCGUGAUAAAAUUUUAAAACAACUAAAGGGAAAGAAAUUAAAAACAACUUAUUUGGAUAAUAAUGGGAUGAGCAAAACUUUAUUUUUUGAUGAUUUGAGUCGAAAUGGAGCAAAUAGUAUUCUGGCUUAUGGACGACUUUCCUCACCUUUUAAUGUUAAUGUGGCAGCACAUUUUUACGCCCGACAUCGUAUACGACUCAAUCACCCUUAUCAUUUGUGUGUAGUUCAACGACAAACCCAUGAAGAUAGAUAUUACCCUUUGGAAUUAUUAGAAUUAGUGGAGGAAGAACCUUUAUCUGGCUGGAUGGCAAAUAUUUUUAUUGAUAAAACAACUCAAUCAACUUCUGAACAAUCUGAAAGGGAUUUUGAUGUAACAACACCUGUGCCUCUUUCCGACUACGAUGAUAAUCUUUGUUAUGGAGGAAGAAAAUUUAGCCAAUCAGAAGAUGACUUUGAAUACAUGCACGGCUGGUAA